AUGGCCAUAUUUAACGAUCAUACUGCUGCUAUUCAUUUGAAAAUUUUGAAACAAUGUGGUUUUUAUCAAGUAUUUGAUUCUAACAGUAAAAAAAUAUUCGGUUGGAAUAUUUACAAACUUUCUUUUAUCGUACUAACCGUGAUAACUCAGUGUCUAAUUGUUUUCGGGAAUUGUGGGUUUUUAUUUGAGUUGGAAGACACUAUUAACAAUGUUGAUUUAUUUCUAAUCAUAUUCUCUGAUUCAUUUAAUUAUCUUAAUCUGUGGAAAAUAAUCAUACUUCUGUUCAACAAAAACAACGUUUUGGAUCUUUUGGACGUUACAUAUUUAAAUUUUUUUAAGAGCAAACAAUGCCAUAAUAACGUUGAAAUACUGUACAAACAUCGUAACAGAGUUCUACAAUAUACAAAAUUAUACUAUAAUUUCUGCAUUUUGGUGAUCAUUCUAUGGGUUUUUUAUCCAAUAGUAAUUAACUCAUUCAUAGCAAAUUCAAAUGACAAUCGACGUUUAGAGAACAUUAUAAACAGACGAUAUCCCAUGACUGUCAAUACUUACAAUCAGUAUUAUGUCCUGUUUUACAUUAUCGAAACAAUAAUAGCAAUAAAAUCAUUAUACUUAGUAUUGAUGAUUGAUAUAUUAUUAUUGUCUAUUGGUUGGGCGAUAACUGUUCAAUAUGAAGUAUUGGCUGCAGCAUUUAAGAACAUCGGGCAUGAUGUAAACCUUCAAAAAGAUCAUGAUUAUAAUCUUAAAUAUUUUAAAUCGAUUUUAUUUGAUCAACAACAACUUGAUCUGAAAUUAAAACUAUAUUUUUCUAUCGUGAAGCCUAUUGUUCUAAUGCACGUUGCUAUUAGUUCAGGCUUAAUCAUAAUGUUAUCGAACUCGUUCAGUAUGGUUCUAUUAUCGACAGAAUCAUUUGCUAUCACAAUGGUAAAUUUAUUUAAAAUCGGGAUUGGAAUUUUCUACUUAUGUCUACAAUUAUUUCUGCAUUGUCAUUUAUUUGAUCAUAUUAACUCAAAGAGGGAAUCUGUCAACCUUGGAAUAUAUUCUUGUAAUUGGACAAAGAUGGAUUUAGUAUUUGAAAAAUUAUUAUUAUUAACCGUUCACGUAAAUGAUGCUAAUCAGAUAAAAAUAAAAGCUUCAACGAAAAAAAUAGUUAACUUACAACUAUUUGCUAAUGUUUUGAUGACGUCUUACAACAUUAUAUCCGUCAUGGUAAAAACAAUUAGCAAAUUGAAUGAUACAUCAGACAACAAUUAA